UGUAUUCGCUAGUGAUCUUCAAGGCAGUAACUGUCACUUGUCGCAGUCGCGUUCGUGUUUGCGACUCGAGCGCAUGUAAUCGAUUAAUUUAUCCCAACGACAUGUCAAAUCGAUAAAAUCAAUCAAUUGUAAAGGAAUGAUAUGAUAAUUUAAUUUUGUUUUAUCUGUUACCAGUGUAAAUCCUAGUGUAGUUGCGAUUAGUUACGUGUAUCGAUAUUUCGAUUUUAAAUUCAACUUGUGUUCGGUUGCCCGUGAAGUGAAUGGUGUCCUUUUGUAAGAUGCGGGGAUACCUGAUUGUCUUGGCGGCGGCCGUUGCGCUGGCCGGUGCUGCCGACAUGCGACCCACUUGUAGCAAGCCUGUCUACUGUAAUAGCAAACUACUCCAUAAAGUUCAAAUGGCCAGGCUCUACAGUGAUUCUAAAACCUUCGUCGAUCUUCAAAUGAAUUACGAUCAAAACACAACAUUAAAUGCUUUUGAUACUUUACUUAACGAUACGGACCAGGAACCAUCAGUAGAACAAUUAAGAGAAUUUGUUGAAAAACACUUCUCUAAUAAUAGCGAACUCAUGCCAUGGAGACCACCAGAUUUUAAUACUGAUCCUUACUCAUUAAAUACUAUACAAGACGAUGAUUUAAGAGAAUUCGCCAGAAACAUCACCAACAUCUGGCCACUUCUUGCCCGAAAAGUCAAAGAUGAGGUUAUUCAAAAUCCUGAUCGUUAUAGUUUGAUCCCUAUCACUAAUGGAUUCAUAAUCCCUGGAGGAAGGUUCACGGAGAUUUAUUACUGGGAUACUUACUGGAUUAUCGAAGGUCUGCUGAUAAGUGGAAUGCAAGAAACUGCGAAAGGAAUUAUUGAAAAUCUCAUUGAACUAUUAAAUAUGUUUGGUCACAUUCCCAAUGGAAGCAGGUGGUAUUAUCAAGAGCGCAGUCAGCCACCAAUGUUGACAGCUAUGGUUGCUACUUACUACCAAUACACCAAUGACACGGAGUUCUUGAGAAACAACAUUGCAUAUUUAGAAAAGGAAAUGGACUUCUGGUUUGAUGAAAGAUCAGUGACUGUUGAAAAAGAAGGUAGUAACCACACUCUGCUUAGAUAUUUUGCUAUCAGCUCAGGACCAAGACCUGAAUCUUAUUAUGAAGACUACGAAAACGCGGCAGAAUUUAGUGAACAAGCUCGCACAGACUUCUUUAUCGAUAUUAAGAGCGCAGCUGAGAGUGGUUGGGACUUCUCAACGCGCUGGUUCGUCAACCCUGAUGGCAGCAACACAGGAACUUUAAAAGACAUUCACACCAGAUACAUCAUACCUGUCGAUUUAAACGCCAUAUUUGCUGGUGCUCUUCAGAAUAUCGCAAACUUCCAUGUUAUUUUGGGGAAUCACCGGGCUGCUGUCUCAUUUAGCCAAUCAGCUCAACAGUGGAGAGAUAGCAUUCAGUCAAUUCUGUGGAAUGAGGAAGAGGGAAUGUGGUUUGAUUAUGACAUCAGAGAUCAGAUACAUCGCAAAUACUUCUACCCAUCUAACCUGGCUCCUUUGUGGCAAGGUGCUGUCGAUCCGAAUAUAGUGAAAGCGAAUGCACUCAGAAUUCUGAAUAAUCUUAAACAAUCUGGUGCUUUUGACUUCCCUGGAGGGGUGCCUACAUCCCUCAGUAGGAGUGGAGAGCAGUGGGACUUCCCUAACGUGUGGCCACCAGAAAUGAGCAUCGCAGUGAACGCCAUUGAAAACAUUGGAACACCAGAGGCGAGUGUGCUGGCUUUUGAAACUGCGCAAACAUUCGUUAGGGCUUGUCAUUCGGGCUUCUCAGAAUACCACCAGAUGUUCGAGAAAUAUGAUGCAGAGAAUCCUGGCAAGUUUGGAGGAGGUGGUGAAUACAACGUGCAAUAUGGUUUUGGAUGGACCAAUGGUGUAGUCUUAGAGUUUAUGAAGAAAUAUGGAGAAGGCAUGACUGCAAACGACUCUAAUGAGUUAGAUACUACUGCAUCUCCCUCCAACAGUAGCGAUACAUCGAAUAAUGCCGCAUGACUAGGCGUGGGUACAAUAAAUAACUUUUUAAUUUUUCUUUCAGCAUUCAAAAUAUUUAUUGGUGUUCAUAAUAACUAAAGGUUGUGACUACAUAAAUAAUAAUUAGCUAAAACAGUGCCAUAAGAUCAUAAAAUGUCUAAAACAAAGUAAAAUGGUACAAUUUUUAUUUUCAACUUUAUAAGUAAAACAUUUUGAUAGUGCCUUCAUUAUAUUUUAAGCGACAGGAAAUUUGAAUGAAGUUACACGCACAAUUUAAUCAAAGAUAAAAACUGUGACGCAGUAUAAAUAUAAUAUCUUAAUGUUGAGUCAGUUGGUGCGUUUUGUUGGCGCAACAACAAUAAUAAUAUGUUCUUAGGGAAAUGCAAGUAAAACGAGGUUAUAUUUUCUCGUUUAUAUUGUCAAUAAAGCAAUCUCCAGGGUUGUCGAGCGAAGCUCCUUCUCAGGACUCACCUUAGAGGUAUAUCAGGGUAAAAACUUAUACAUGUGUUACCUAAUAUACUAGACUAAUUCGUAGAGAAUUUACAAGUUUUUAAGUAGGCAUUUAUUAACUUAUUUAAAUUAAACAAAACGUACUUAUAUUUUAAUUAUAAGUCCUUACCUAUGUGACACAGUUACCAAUGUAAAUAAACGUAAGAAUUUUAUUAUAUUGCAGUAAAAAAUAAGUUUAACUUUGCAGUGCUAGAAAAAAUGCGGAACUAAAAAAAAUAUAACACCAUUAUUCAUUGAUUAAUGUAUAUAAAGAGUAUUAAUAUUUACCUAUCUAGUUUUUAAGGAAAAAAUCAUAAAAAAUAAAAGUCGCUGACAAAUCAAAAAAAGUAUUAUCUGAAUACAUGUCACGUACUUAAUUACAUUUAUUACCUACAAAAUAUAUUGUAAGAUAUAUUAUUAUAAUUAUUAAAUAAAUAAGUUAUUUAUAAACUGGCUGGAAACUUUCAGUACUUAAUG